AAAAGGCCGAUGGGAGGAGUCAAUCCCUGCCCCAGCCACUCCCCCAGACUCAAGCUCCACCCCCUCAGCCUCAACCCCCUUUUCCUCUUCGUCUGACAAUAUCACCCUCUCCCCCAGCACCACUGUCACCUCUCCCUCUGUCCCAUCCACUGACACAUGCUUUACAUCUACUGAUGUAUCCCUCCUCUCUACAUCCUCCACUCCCCCUGCACCCCCCUCUUCUGUCACCCCCACCACCACACUUCCCACCAAAAACAUCAAGAAAAAGUUUGGCGACUUCUUUGCCUUCAAGAGGGGGAGAGGCGGCCGAGCCCCCAAGGCAGGAGGGGGAGAGGGAGGAGGAGAGGGGGUGAAGGUCAAAAGGACCUCUAUCGCAGACCUCAUCCGACCCCUCCGCGAGGCCAAAGAGAGGGAGAGGGACAGGGACAAGGGGAGAGGGGCAAGGUCAGUGGAGGAUGCUAACGUUUGUAAUGAUGCCGCCACCACAGAAGGAACCGCUGCCCCGGGCCAGCAUCCUACAGGCGAUGCGAAGGGAACGAUGGCGCCUGCCAAGACUUUAACCACGACGACGCCUUCCAGUGACACCACUCCCUCUUUCCCCAACACCGCCACAAGUCCCGACCUCACCACUGCCACGCUUUCCAAUCCGACAGGAGAGGCAGUUCCUCACUUGCCAGGCCCCCCCUCCAGUCCUGUGGUCACCUCCCCUCUCACGGAGCAGGAGAGGGGCGGGGUGCAGAUGAAGGAGAUGUUGGGAGGGAGUCCGUUUGGAGAGAGGAGACUCAAGGUGACCAAGAGGUCGUUGAGGGAGGGAAAGAGCCAGAGCCUCAUCCUGCUGACAGGGUUAGAGCCUGAAGACAAGGAUGACACACACAGUGAGAAACAUGCGUCUGAGAGCACGUCUAGUUUUGAACAGAGGCUUCAGGUGAUGCUGCACAGAAUGGGCGUGGCCAAAACUCCACCUGCUGACACCAAGACCAGUCAGAAUAAAGACGAGGAGCUGAGAAAGGCCAACUCUGAAGGUGCUAUCCUGGACAAGCCUGUACCUCCUCCCACAUACAUGAAGCCCAGAACCAUGUCCACGUCAUCAGGUAUAAAGAAGUUGGCAUCUCCCUGGUUCCCUCGACAAAUAGCGAUUUAAUGAGA